UAUUCGUGAGGCAGAGAAAAUAAACAAGUAAAUAGAGGAAAAGUAAAUUGUUGUUACCGGCGGUAAAUAUUAAAAUGCCCUUUUCCGGGUCAGAUCGACUGAGUCAAGCCCGAGUCACGUUACCCACAUCGGCUUUUGGUUUCUUCCUUUGCAAAACGGCGAAAAAGACACAAACUUUUCUCCUCCGAUCUCACAGAGAUGAACGCCGCCAUUAGAGCAGCGAUUCUCCGACCACAAAGCUAUUCUUCUCAGCUCAAAACCGCGUUUUUUCAUUCAACUCCUGUCUUAGAACGCAAACGUCGCACUUCCUGGGAAUCGAAAGCAAAUGUUCACAAGAAGAGGUUCAGAAGAAUGAGGGAAAAGCAAGAGUUAUUGCGUAAUGUCAAUGCUUUUGCUGCAAACAUGUUUACGAGCUGGCAUGAUGAGUUUGAUGACGAUGGUCCCUCAUCCCGGAAGCAAACCUCGUGGUUCAAAAAACAGUACUCCAAGGAACCCAAAGGAAACCAGAAUAACAAACACGGCCCCUACACUUGGGGUAAAAGGAAUUUUGAUUUUUGCGAAGUUGAUGAGGACUUUGAUGUCGACUAUGUAUUCCGAACUGCUUUUGGAGGAUCCCGAGGUUUCUCUUUUUCAUUCACUCAUGAAGAGGAUGAACCUCGAUGGCGGCAUCACUCUUCAAGGUUUUCCAACAACUCUAACAGGUCUUGGAGAUCGAAAUAUCGGUUAGAUGAAGAUGAAGAAGAAGAAGACUAUACUUCAGACUCCAGUGACUCUGAGUCUGAGCCAAACCAAGUUUCUCAUAGACAAGCACUUGGCCUGAGUCCCUCAGGUCCCUUAAACCUUAAAGAUGUCAAACAUGCGUAUCGAACUUGUGCAUUAAAAUGGCAUCCAGAUCGUCAUCAAGGCUCUACCAAGGAGGCGGCUGAAGCAAAGUUCAAGCUCUGCAGUGUGGCUUAUCAAUCUUUAUGUGAAAAGCUAUCUGUGAACUAAGAGUUAGAUAGGUCUUGAUUACUUAGAGAUACCUCAUUACAAUAAUUUCCGAAUUGUUUCAUUUUGGCUUUGUUCAAGCAAAAUUGCCUUUGUUCUGUCUUUUUCUAUUUCUUCAAAAUCUACUACUGAUGUGUAAUUUAUAUAUCUCUUCCUCUUGAACCAGUUAAUUAUUUUCAGAGUGAAUUGACAAAUAUGAAUCAAAAUA